UUUACUCAGCAACCAACCAAUUCAGUCCGUUGAAGGCCGCGGGCGGGGCGGCACGUGUGGUGCGCGCCUCGCGUUCGUCAUUGUUUUUAUAUACCAUUGUUUAAUUCCCUCCGACUGCAAUCGAUACGACAUUCGAGAGUAGAAAUACGGCCUAGCUGCAUUUUCAACGAUCUGAGUGUGAAUCAAAUCAAAAGACAAUAAAAUAGUGUUAUCAGGAUAUCGCACAAAAAGGUGACUUAUUGACAAGUGAAACUCUUUAACGUUCCAUUUAUCCAUGGAUGGUUAUGUUUGGAUGUUUUGUUGAUGAACUGUUUAUUAUGUUCAAGUGAUAUCUGUUGCAAAGGAGUACAAGCAAAUCAAUAAACGGGUUUAUAUUCAGCAAGUAUCUGAGAACUCCUACUGUGCGCUUUAUUACCCCGUUGCAUAUUGAUUGCUUGUUUCUGAAUUUCUGCAAAUUGUCAUUUAGUAUAUAUUGAUUAUACAAAUGAGAGUACAUUGAAUAACGAUAUUUUGAAGACUGAAUAGUUUGUUUGGCCUUAAAGAGACAUAAUAUAUCGUCAUUUAUAUCGUAAGAGCAGAUGCUCGUGAUGGUGCGAUCCGACGACAGCGUUAGAUAGCCGCUUGGAGGAAACAAGUAUGGGUGCUAAUAUGGGCAAGAAUUCGAGCCUGCUCGAUGCGCUACCCACUGCCCAAGGCACACUCCACGUCGUCAUGUUGGGCCUAGAUUCCGCCGGCAAAACCACCGCGUUGUAUCGGCUCAAAUUUGAUCAGUAUCUAAACACCGUUCCCACGAUUGGGUUCAACUGCGAAAAAGUCAAAGGCACUAUCGGAAAAUCAAAAGGCGUUAACUUUCUGGUGUGGGACGUGGGCGGGCAGGAAAAGCUGCGGCCACUGUGGAAAUCUUACACUAGAUGCACAGAUGGUAUUAUAUUUGUGUUGGAUUCGGUAGAUAUAGAAAGAAUGGAAGAAGCUAAAAUGGAGCUUAUACGUACUGCCAAAUCCCCAGACAAUACAGGAGUGCCGAUACUCGUAUUAGCAAAUAAACAGGACUUACCAGGAGCCAAAGAGCCCCGAGAACUGGAGAGAUUAUUAGGUCUACAUGAACUGGUGUCAUCUCCGCAUAGCUCACGGGAUGGGCACUCCUGGCACGUGCAACCUGCAUGUGCUAUCACAGGUGAUGGCCUCCACGAAGGUCUAGAGGCACUAUAUGAAAUGAUACUUAAGAGAAGAAAAUUAGCUAAGUUGCAAAAGAAACGUGUCAGAUAAACACUCUUUUAAAAACCUAAAAUAUCAACAAUAUGUAUGAUAUUGGUUCAGUUUUGCGAGAUAAGUAUUACAAAAUGCUCAUUUUGAGGAUAUUUUCAGUAAUGUCCAAGUUUGAAACACCAAAUAUUGUUUUUACUGUAGAUGUAUAACGUCUUAUGAAAAUAUUCCAUCAUAAUGUUGCUCAAGUAAUAUUGAACAUUUUGAAGGAUACGAAUAUUUUUUUAAAUCUAAUUUAAACUACUAGUCAUUUUCUUUUGAAAAUAGCUAGGGGAAGGAUGAAGAUACAAGAUACAUGCAAAUUAUAUAUUAUAUGGUAUUAAGUUAAAUUGUGUACAUCGUCUUGAUCAUGGACAUAACGAUUUCUAUAUAAUAUAUUGAAAUGACGAUUAAUUGAUUUAUCCACAAAAUAUUUCAAUAAUCAUUUAAUUCGGAUACGGCCUAGCAUUUUACUCAAAUAAUAUAUACCAAAUAGAAAAUGUAAUAGGUAUUUUGUAACUCCAGGAAUAACUGUGUACACGAAAUGAAUGUAAAUGUAUGUGGCUCACAAUAUUGUGUGGGACCAUUAGUGUUUAAUUGCAAAAUAUGUUAAAUGUGCGUGCGUGAUAUGUUCAUAAAUAUAUGUAUUAUGUUAUUGUUAAUAAUGAAGUGAUACACUUCGAUUAUUUCAAUGUUAUCGUACUCUACUGGUGUAUCUUAUUAUUUUUCAAUUUAACUUCCUAUGUAUAAUUUUCAUUUCAAAUUAUAUUCUUGUCUUCAUCCUUUUUAUACUAAUACUUUAUAACCCUCCAUUGAGUAUCAGAAGUCACUUGAGUAGCCAGUUAACAAUUAGGCUGUAGAGAUUAUUUAAAAAUUAUUGUGAUGUUCUAUGUUUAACUUUUAUAAAAGAGGCUUUUAAUGUUUGCGUUUGUAUGGCUUCUUCUUUAUGUAAAUACACUGUAAAUAUACAAUAAAAUGUUAAAACUCUAUUAAAAAGACAGCACUCUAUUGUUUUAUAAAUGGUCAUUUUUAUUAUUAAAUCAAAAAAUGGAAAUGUAUUUAUUUAAUUUCGCUUCUUCUUCUUUUCGAAUUUUACUCCAAAAACAGUCAUAAAUAUUUUCUAGAGAAAAAACUAUUUAUUUAAUUUCGAAAUCUACAAACUGAGAAAAUUUUAAAUCUGGAAAUAGAAACGAUAAUAAGUGAACAAAAAAGUAAUCAUAUUAUUUUCAUAAAACAAAAAAAAAACAACUUUUAUCGUAGCAUUAGAAGUACGGGACCAACCCAAUCAGGAUAUAGAAGACCUUCAAUUACAAAAAUAUUUUCCAAUACUAAUACUUAAGCUUUAGAAAGUCUAAUAAAAAAUCACAGUACCCUAGCAAUUUAUGACUUUUUAUGGAGCAAAGUACAUCACACAUCACAUUUUUUAUGAAUAUUUUCAUUAUGUAUACCUUUUUAUUUAAUCAUAUUUAAUCCAUAGAUAUAUAUUAUAAAUACAAAUAGUCAAAAGUAACAUUCAAGUGUGAGCUUUAAAAUCUAAAAUUUUCUUUUUAUUUUGUAAUUUUAUUAAAUAGGUAUUAUUUAUUUACACAUAGAGAUACAACUUAGUAAACCCUAAUGUACUGAAUUACCUAAUAUGAAGCUUUUACCAGAGUUUGUGUUACUCGCCUUGUAAAUAUGUAAAUUUCAGGUAGAUAAUCAUCUAUACCAUGAAACCAAACAUCUUAUCCGUAGUACCUAUAUGUACAUUUUGUUACGAAAUAUGUUUGUUUAUAAAAUUAACUUUAUGGCAUAUUAAUACUGUAUUGUGUUUUAUGAAAAUACUUAAAUAGACGUUUUUCAUAUUGAUUCCCCGUAAAUAAAGUCUGUUUUCAAUAA